AUGACAGCCACGGCUGCCGUGGAGACACCAAAAAUGGAGAAGAGUGCUUCUAAGGAAGAGAAGCAGCAGCCUAAGGAGGACAGCACAGAGCAGGGCUGUGCUGAUUCUGAAGAGUGGAUAAGUUCUGAGAGUGACCCUGAACAGAUGAGCCUUAAGAGUGUCAACAUCAAUGACAACAGCUUCCAACCUGGAGAUGCUCAAUUGAAGAAAAAGGAAAUUCCCUCCAAGCCACACCGCCAGCUCUGUAGAUCACCCUGCCUAGAUCGUCCAAGCUUCUCCCAGAGCAGCAUUCUACAGGAUGGGAAGCUUGACUUGGAAAAGGAAUACCAAGCCAAGAUGGAUUUUGCUCUAAAGCUGGGCUAUGCAGAGGAACAGAUUCAAUCAGUGCUGAACAAGCUCGGCCCAGAAUCACUUAUUAAUGAUGUAUUGGCAGAGCUUGUCAGACUUGGGAACAAAGGUGAUUCGGAAGGGCAGGUCAACUUGAGUCUGUUAGUGCCUCGGGGGCCCAGCUCCAGAGAGAUUGCAAGCCCUGAACUGUCUCUUGAAGAUGUAAUAGACAACAGUGACAAUUUGAGGCCAGUUGUCAUUGAUGGAAGUAAUGUGGCAAUGAGCCAUGGGAAUAAAGAAGAGUUCUCCUGUAGAGGAAUACAACUUGCUGUGGAUUGGUUUUUAGAUAAAGGCCAUAAAGAUAUUACUGUAUUUGUGCCUGCAUGGAGAAAGGAGCAAUCCCGCCCUGAUGCACCAAUUACAGAUCAAGAUAUCCUACGUAAACUGGAGAAGGAAAAGAUUCUUGUCUUCACGCCAUCCAGAAGGGUUCAGGGCAGGAGAGUCGUCUGCUAUGAUGACCGGUUCAUAGUCAAACUGGCUUUUGAUUCUGAUGGCAUCAUUGUCUCCAAUGAUAACUACCGGGACCUUCAAGUAGAAAAGCCAGAAUGGAAGAAGUUUAUAGAGGAGCGGUUGCUGAUGUAUUCUUUUGUGAAUGACAAAUUUAUGCCUCCAGAUGAUCCUUUAGGGCGCCAUGGCCCAAGCCUUGAAAAUUUCUUAAGAAAGAGACCCAUUGUUCCUGAGCACAAGAAACAACCAUGCCCUUAUGGCAAAAAAUGUACCUACGGCCACAAGUGCAAAUACUACCAUCCGGAGCGGGCCAACCAACCCCAGCGUUCGGUGGCUGAUGAGCUCCGCAUCAGUGCCAAACUGUCCACAGUGAAAACCAUGAGCGAAGGCACCUUAGCCAAGUGUGGCACAGGGCUGUCUAGUGCCAAAGGUGAGAUAACCUCAGAAGUCAAACGUGUGGCCCCCAAGCGCCAAUCAGAUCCCAGCAUUCGGUCCGUGGCUGUGGAGCCUGAGGAAUGGCUGUCCAUUGCCCGUAAGCCUGAGGCCAGCUCUGUCCCCUCACUUGUGACCGCCCUAAGUGUCCCCACAAUCCCACCCCCCAAAAGCCAUGCAGUAGGUGCACUCAAUACCCGUUCAGCCAGCAGCCCAGUGCCAGGAUCUUCUCAUUUCCCCCACCAGAAGGCUUCGUUAGAGCACAUGCCCAGCAUGCAGUAUCCCCCCAUCCUGGUUACCAACAGCCAUGGGACCUCUAUUAACUAUGCUGAGCAAUACCCAAAGUUUGAGUCCUUGGGGGACCACAGCUAUUAUUCAAUGUUAGGCGACUUCUCCAAACUGAAUAUCAACAGCAUGCAUAAUCGAGAGUACUACAUGACUGAAGCAGACCGGGGGGUGUAUGCCCGGAAUCCCAACCUGUGUUCUGACAGUCAUAUGAGCCAUACCAGAAAUGACAACUAUUCCUCUUACAACAACCUAUACUUGCCUGUAGCUGAUACCCAUCCUGAAGGCAGUUUGAAGCUGCAUCGCUCAGCAUCUCAGAACCGUCUUCAGCCUUUUCCUCAUGGUUACCAUGAAGCCUUAACAAGAGUGCAGAGCUAUGGCCCAGAGGAUUCUAAGCAAGCCCCCAACAAGCAGUCAGUUCCCCAUUUAGUUCUGCAUGCCCAGCACCCAGCAACUGGGACACGCUCCAGCUGUCCUGGAGACUACCCCAUGCCUCCCACUAUCCACCCUGGGGCAACCCCACAGCCAGGACGUGCCCUGGUGAUGACUCGGAUGGACAGCAUUUCUGACUCUCGCCUGUAUGAGAGCAACCCCAUGAGACAAAGACGACCUCCUCUUUGCCGGGAACAACAUGCCAGCUGGGACCCACUGCCCUGUGCAACUGACUCUUAUGGCUACCACUCCUAUCCCUUGAGUAACAGCCUCAUGCAACCAUGCUAUGAGCCAGUCAUGGUACGGAGCAUGCCUGAAAAAAUGGAGCAGCUUUGGAGGAAUCCUUGGGUUGGAAUGUGCAAUGAUUCCAGGGAGCAUAUGAUCCCAGAGCACCAGUAUCAGACCUACAAGAACCUCUGCAAUAUUUUCCCUUCAAACAUCGUCCUUGCAGUAAUGGAGAAGAAUCCCCAUACAGCAGAUGCCCAGCAACUGGCAGCCUUGAUUGUUUCUAAGCUUAGGGCUGCACGUUGA